GAUGGUUCCCGGGGCAAGGAGUUGGACGUCGGUUCAGCGAAGGGCCUGGAGCUGGAGCUGGGAGCGAGCACCUUCUCUGCCGAGGUGGAGCGGAGUCUCGAGGGCAUUGCCAUGGGGGAAACCCGGGACGUGCAGGUCACCCUUGGCCAGCGUGCAGGUGGCAUGGGAGGGCAGCAGAUAAUUUGCGCCGUGACAUGCCAAGGCAUCAAGGAGCAGCUGCUUCCAGAGCUUAAUGACGAGUUUGCCAAAGAGAUCAAGCGUGAAGAGCAGUUCAAGCAGGCUGGCACCAUGGAGGGCAUUCCCGAGGAGGAAGAAGGAGUUGCGGAGAACUUCUCGCUUGCCGAGCUGCGGGCAGAGAUUGGGCGAGAGGUCCGACAGGUUGCCCAGACGCAGUCCAACGAUGCUGUCGACACACAGCUGCGGUCGCACCUGCGCCAAACGCUGCAGGUGACGUGCCACUGGGCAGAGUUGGGAUCGGAAGGCACUGCAGAGGAGGAGCUGGCAACUGCUGUUCGCUUCCUCGCUGAGAAGGAGGGGCUCAUGCAGAACAUCGACAUGGAUGAUGUGGAGCGGAAAACGUGGAGUAAGUUGGGAGAGCCGGACGAGGGAGAGACCCUCAAGCAAGUUGGCAAAGAUCCAGCACGAGAAUACCAGGACGCCAACCGAGAGAUUCUCCGUGGCCGUAUUCGGGAUGAGGCCUUGAAGCUUGGAGCACCUGUGAAUCUUCGUCAGUCUCCUCCAGCGGCCGAAACACCGCCAGCAAAUGGUAUCGUUCCGUCACGCCGCACGUUCGCGGAUAGAGACAGUCUGGAUGACUGGCGGCGAGCCUAUGACAAUAGGUUUAUGGUCACGUCUCUGCAGUACAUGCACCGCCACGUGGGCGACUGCGUCGACCAGGUCUAUCGGACCCACGCAGAGAAGCAGGAUUACUUCCGCCAGCAUCAGCUGCCCAACUUGACUUGGAUGGACCUGCAUAUGAUGACACAUGACAGAUCGCUGCGUCAACGGCAGCCCGCGUACUAUGGAGAUGUCGGGGGACCACCGCGAAUCGGGGUCCUAGCAAAACGACAAGCAACUCCUCUGGCCAACCGCAUCCUGCAGCCGAAGCUGAACCUGGGAAGCAAGGCGCUGCGAGGCUACGGUUCCAACUUUGGGAAGUGA